UUAAUUGGGUCUGUGAGUGCGGAGUCUCAGAAGAGCCGACUGCAUUUCACAGGACAGUUUUGUAAAUAACCAAUAAGCAGGCUGUGCUUUUGUGAGCAUCUACCUAUGAGCGCACAGAGGCGGUUCUUCGUGCAAUGGGGUGGUGUUUUGAGUUGGUUUGAGUUGCCACGUCGCUUUGUUGACGUAUGGUUAGAAACAGACAGCUAGUAACGGGUAGUUUGCUUAUUUGAAAUUCAUUUACAAAGUAACUUUAAGUGAAGUGCAUGCAGAAAUGUUGCUAGGUACUUUGAAUUUAUUUUGUUCAUUUCUGUUCGGGGUUGUGAAUGCAGCAAAACUCCCGGAGCCAGAAGUAAAAAUCGAGGUGAUACACAAACCUUUCAUCUGCCACAGGAAGUCCAAGUACGGGGAUAUGCUGCUUGUGCAUUUCGAUGGGUACCUGGAAAGCAACGGAACAUUGUUCCAUUCCAGCCGUAAGGAAGGUAAUGGCCAGCCUAUAUGGUUCACUCUUGGAAUAAGAGAAGUUAUUAAAGGCUGGGACAAAGGCAUGCAGAACAUGUGUGCAGGAGAAAAGAGAAAGCUAACGGUUCCUCCAUCUCUUGCUUAUGGCAAGGACGGGAAAGGGAAGAUUCCACCGGACAGCACUCUGAUAUUUGACAUGGAGAUUUUGGAGAUCAGAAAUGGACCACGAUCCCAUGAAUCGUUCCAGGAAAUGGACCUCAAUGAUGACUGGAAGCUGUCCAGACAGGAGGUAAAAGAGUAUUUGAGGAAGGAAUUUGAAAGACAUGGAUAUGCUCCCAAUGAUACCCAUCAUGAAAACAUGGUUGAAGACAUAUUCAAGAAGGAAGAUGAAGACAAUGAUGGAUUUAUAUCUUCCAGGGAAUUUACCUACGAGCACGAUGAGCUGUAGAAUGGAGGCAUUUAGAAACAUUCCCCUUGUAUUUCUGAUCAGACUUAAAUGGAGAAACCUAGAGAUGUGAAAAAUGAUUGGCAUUUUGUUAUAGACUUUUAAUCCCCCCAAAUAAGGACUAAACGCUCCUUGUGCCAGCUAUCUAAAGAAAGAGCAAGGUUUCACUUUGUGAAAAUACAUUACAUGCUUUUAUUUUGGACUGAUUUUUAGAAUCCCGUGUUUUUAUGCCUUUUACUAUUUUUGAAUAAUUGUUUUAAAUUGUGUUCACAAACAUGACCCAUUGUAAAGAAACAUGCUUACACUGUGUAACAGGGAUAUGUAACUUUUUAAAUAAACAAUUUUGAUAUAGAAGUAGAAGAGUUAAUGUUAAAAAUAUGAUUGUUGUUUUUCUACAACAAGGACUACAAGCAAUACUAUAUAAAUAAUUGAAGACAAGUGUUUGUUCUUGUUGUGCUGUGCUAAAUUUUAGAUCUGUCUAUUCCCGGGGGAAAUCAUAUGCAAAAAAACACUAUCAUAUAAUUGGGGCUUCUGUUUUUCGGGUUUUAUUAAUUGUAUUUUUCAGUGCUUAUUUUUAGCUAUUUGUUUUUAUUUGUUUUUGUGUGUGUGUCAAAAUAUGUCUAGUACCUCGACAGUACUUGCACACUUAAGUUGUACCUUCUUUCCUUUGCUGUCUUCCACAACGAAAUCCCUCUGGUCGCGGGCACAUUCUUCUGGUGUUUUUUUGUGUACGUAUUGUUGUACAUUUCGACACAAUUCUGUUUUAAAUCUUGUCAACUGUAAUACAGCUUUAAAUCCCGCUAAAAAGCC